UCUUCUUUCUCGUUUAGGCUCUGGCAACGUGACAUAAAAGACGCGAACCGUCAUCGAGGUUUUCCUUAAGGAAACGUUUCCCCGUUAAUUCUUGAAAUUAUUCUCAUCUCGAAAGUGAGAUCUCUCGAAAGGGACGUCGCUUUCUUCGGACGGUUUUCACAUAAUUCGCGUUUAAGGAAACGCAUAUCGCGAAGAAAGUCUUCCUUUCUUCGAAUAUCUCCGAUCGUUCCUGUUGGGUAUAUUUUUUAUUCGAUUAUUCAUAAACAAUUCUCUCUCUCCUCUCUCUCUCUUUUUAUAAUCUGGUCGAUAAGUAACCCGCAUCGAUCCGGGACGCGUAUUAUCGAUCGCAGAUGUCUCCUUGUUCAUCGAUGAGGGGUAUCUACUAUCGGUAAGUCGGCAUCGAAUAAUCGAGCGAGCGGCAAUAAUCAUUGAAUUAAAAAAUCCUUUCGUUUCGAUCCUUUUAAUCGUAUAAAAAAACGUAUGUUGUAGUUCGUUGAUAGAUUUCAUAAAAACCAAACGAUUAUACGCGUACUAUUAUAUUUGUUAAUCGAUAAAUAUUCGUAAUGGCCGUCGUUAACGCUGAAUAUCUCGUUAAGAGAUCAUACGUUUCAGCUAUCGACGAUAAUUAUAUCAAUGCGUUAUAGCAAAGUAAACAAACGCGCGUCGAAGAGAAGUUAAAACGUGGUAAGUGAAAAUAUUUCGUGAUAAGCCGUUACAACAUCGCUAUUUAACGGUGGUAAAAGUGGGGAGUCACUCUCACCGUUAGCAAUCGCGUCUCGGUCCGACCGACUUGCCUUUUCGAUCUUACCAGACGUCGCGAGUUUAGCUCGUCGAGUUUGUCGAACUUUCGAGCCAAGAUCCAUACAGGACUUGAAAACGUUCAAACGAUUUUCGAAGGUUGCCGUUGUUCCUGGCUCGUUUUUUCUAGUGGAGGCUCGACCUAUCGAAUUAUACGAUGGAAAUUUUCGACGAGUAUCGUUCGAACGUUAGUUGCGAUUCUAAUUACGUGCCCUCUGCGAUCGAGCAUAUAGAAAGUUUAGGUACAUUUGCAAUUGUCCUGGUAUGCAUUGGAGCAAUAUUUUCAAUUGUUACGUUAUACUUGGCCAUGGAUGCUACUUACAACGUUCUUUCGCAAAAAGAAACGGGCCUUUACAAAUCUAACGUCAUUAGCAUUUUCUCGAUAUAUCCGAUAGCGAGUAUUUGCAGUUUGAUAGUGAUAGCGAUUCCAAGGGCACAACUAUUAUCGGAGACGGUCACUCAAGUUUUCUUGACAGUGUCCUUUUAUCGUCUGUAUCUUCUUCUUAUCGACGUCGGUCGUCGAAAAAUUACGAAAGCGCCCUCGUUGAUGCUGAAAGUCGGUCCUUGUUGUUGCUGGCCAUGCUUGCCCUUUCCCAAUCUCGAUAUGAUAGAUUCUCGUUUAACUUGGAUUCGAUUAAUUAUUCUUCAACUUCCUGUUAUACAGGGUUUGCUAUACUUUAUCAUGCUAAUUAUGGCUUUGGACGAACAAAAUACAUUACCAAUGUACUCCGAAUGGCUUCAACCAUUUCUUGUGAUUAGUAUACUGUUUGCGUUGUAUGGUUUAACCAUCACCACGAAAAGUCUGCAUGCCGUGGCUCCAGAAGCCAAGCUGAACUUUAAGACUAUGGUGUGUCAAAUGGUCUUGAUGUUUUCCAAAGCCCAAGCUGCCAUUAUCAAGAUUCUCAUUUAUACCGGCGUCUUCCCUUGCAGGCCACCAUUGUCACCGAAAAUUUACGCCAAUGUGACGCAAAACACCCUGAUGCUAAUCGAGAUGCUGUUGCUCUGUGUCGCGGCGAGGUACCUUUAUUACGUCGACCCGGAAAGAAAAGAAGAUUCGUCGACGACAGAUCGGCCGAAAGACAAGCCGCACAAUCUGACGAAUAACAAGGACUUGCCUGAACAAGUUUCGACAAAGAUCGCAGUUGUGUUUACCUGAAUGAUAAUACGAUCUUUCUAUUACAUACUUGCUUCAAGAGGGACAGAGAGAGAGAGAGAGAAAGAGACAUUUUUUCUAAAUCACGUAGCUGCUGAAUAUGCAAUUUGUGCAAUUCUUCGACCGAAUUCUGCCACGGAAAAAGUCUUACUAUAGGAUUGUUACUAUUUUUCCUACUUGAAAGUAGAUACACUUAUUUUAUAGAUUAAUAAUAAUUUUUACCAAGUA